GUUGCUCCCAUAGGCGAAAUGUUCAUUUUCCGGACGUUAUUGUAACUGAUUUCUACGAUGCACCUGCAAAUAUUUUCACUAAUACAAAUGACACCAGUGCCAUCAGUAUUUCCUACCUGAAUGCUUGUAAACGUCUGCGAGUCGAUCCAAUUCAAGCUGUGCAAGAUCAAAUAGCCUGUUUUCAUCAAGUGAUGGGUGUACGCCAAGAAUGUCUCUCCUUAAAAGGUCAUCGUUUAUCUUCUACUGACGUGGAAUGUUUGGAAGAAAUUUUCAAUAAAGUUCAGUUUGAUAUGCUUGAUUUCGAAUACACCUUUCUAGAUGACGAUAGUGCCGUCUGCCUUGGAGAGAUGCUUGAAUUUUAUGAUUCUGCAGUGAAAUUAAAUUUGUCCUUUAAUAAGCAAAUCAAUUUGCGGGGUUGGCAAGCCAUAUGUAAGGCUGUAAGGGAUGCACCUUCUAUGCAGUAUUUGAAUUUGCGCUACACGUCCUUAUCUGAUCGUGCUGUACCGGUGUUGGCACGAGCUUUACGUUCCCAAUCGUCGUUAACUGUUCUUCAUUUGGAAAAUGUGUCUCUUUCGGGGCGAAACUUGAUUUUAAUCGGAUGCGCACUGAAGGGAAAUACGAUAUUGCGAGAGCUUUAUUUAGGUGAAAAUAACCUACAGCCUGCAGAUGGUGCUCAUAUUUAUCAAAUUAUCAUCACUAGUGUAUCAAUUCAACUGCUUGAUUUACGAAAUAAUCAAUUACAGGAUGGUGGUUUACGCCAUAUUUGUGACGCACUGAGGCACCGUGAUACAGCUAAAAAUAGUGCAUUAUCAGCAUUAGUACUAUGGAAUAAUAGAUUAACAAAUAGUGGAAUGGAAGCAUUGGCGCAAGCACUGAUGGAAAAUACUAAAUUGGAGACGUUGAAUAUUGGUAAUAACAGUCUAUUACUGGAAGGUAUUGUUAAGCUGAAGCCAGCGUUGCAACAGAAUUGUAGUUUGCAGAGACUUGGCUUACAGGCGACAAAUCUUGAUUGUCAAAGUGCAAUUGUGUUAGCAGAGUGUUUAGCGGAUAACAAAGUGAUGAUAAGACUAGAUUUACGAGAUAACCCACAUAUUGGAUCGGCUGGUCUGUUGGCACUUCACCUUGCAAUGAAAAUGAAUACUUCACUAACAGUUCUGAAUUUGGAUAUAUCGGUUGCCCAGUCCAGUAGCUUAAAGGUUAAAGAAUACCAGGAACAGUUUGAAGUUUACUAUGAUGAAAUCAAAAUGUUUUGUGAGCGAAAUAAGGAAAUUGCACUUAAAAAACUUUCGGUUCUUACAACCACCGAAGAUGGCACCGUUGCCACGGAUGUGACACACAAUGAGGAGUAUGCGGAGGUGAAGAAGGACAAAAAGAAAGAGGAUGAAGAAAAGGAACAGAAAGCGGAAAUAGUGAAGAAUCGGCAAAUUGAUAAUUUGGAAGUUGCUCAACGAAAAGUAACCACCAAAUCAAAUAAUGCGGUUUGGUUGCUGGGUCGAUCUUCAUCUUUAACAUGCACUGAGACCAUCGAUGAUAUCUCGGAACGCGUUGCACAGAUGACUCAUCAUUCAUUAGCAUUGAUUGAGCAAAUUCCGGACAGUGUCACUACUAUCAAGAAACAAUCAAAUGAAAGCCAUCCUGUAUUGUUCACCAAAAGCGAGCUGUCUAAAUGUCCAUCUCUUCCUUCAAUCACAUCCGGCGAUCAUCCUGAAACUGAAGUUAGCCCACCGGUGAAAAAAAUCUCACGGCGCUUUACAGUUUCGACGUCAAGUUUAAAUGAGACAAAUCCACGAGAUGUUGCCCGAGCAAAGUCACGAUUUAAGGUCGAACAGGUAGGCCCAUCGAUUCAAAAAACAGCAAAAGCUAAAUCAGAUGAUUGCAUUUCACUACAUCGAUCACUCAGUGAAAGUUCUGCGGUUGAUAUACAAGGAUCUGAAUUUUUGACUACGGAAGGUACAACUUCAGAAGUCGAAAAUUUAACAACUGAACGACCAGAAAAGUCAAAAAAUACAGAAUUUCUUGGUAUUAAUGAAUUAUCAGGAAGCUUUGGAUCUCGAAACGGUGAGAAAGGCGUGAAGUGUGCAUUACCUCAAGAAAAAGGUGGAAGCUGUGAUACGAGAAAUGCAAUGAAUUCCCACGAAGGAAUGGUAGUUCAGAAACACCUAAUCGAGGAAAGCAUUCAAUCUGAUUCUGUGCAAUUCACUGCCGUCGUUACCUUACAACAUGGCCCAGAUACACCACCAACACAGGAUUAUUUUGGGGAUGCUACGUUUGCGGUUAAAUUCACGGAUAAUAUUGCUCCAAAGUUUGAUGUUGAAAAAUGCUCUGCUUAUGAAGAAGGUGUUAUGGAACAAUCACGGCAAAAAGUAAAGAAUCAUGAAAACAGCAUAACGAUGAAAUCUGAGACGGUUUUUUCCAGUUGCUCUUCAAUGACAAAUGAUUCGGCAGAAACUAGUGUGGUAAAAGAAGUGGUUCGAGAUCUGGUCAAUUACAUUGUUUAUGAGACAAGUAACUACGAUUUAGUUCACUUUCGGAAGAUUUCAUUUGGAACCACAAACGCCAACAACGAAAGCUCACCGGUAGUUCAUUCGCUCUCAUCCGUUCCCAGAUGCUCAUCAAACUUCACACUGAAUCCGUCACAUGAUACAGAAACGGACGAAGAUGUUAUACGUAGUGUAGUACGAAGCCUAGUACGAGAUAUAUUACUGCAAGAAAAAGAAUUGCUAAGGCGAAGUUUAAGGAAGAAACGACGAUAUCUUGUUACGAUGCCUAAAAUGGAUCGUAGAUUGAGUAGUUGAUCACCAGUUUAUUUAGCAUAAUAGGGAUGCCUCCUUUGUAAGUCUUGUAAAUAAUGGAAAGUAUUCCAUCUAACAGUGAUCUAAUAAGAAUAUGAAAAUUCUGUUUUUGCUGCGGCCUUUUAAUGUUAUUUUGAUUAGGUCUGUUUUCUGAUUUGGAAUUUUCAAUUUAAAUUCGGUUGUUGUAAUUUUAAAAUGUGAAUUCUAUUUUUACAACAAGCCUUGUCUUUUUGUAUGUCUUUCGGGCAUACCAUUUAUAUAAAAAUAUAUGUGUAUCUAACUG